CGGCUGAUCACUCAUAUGAAAUAGGCAAAUUCUUCUUUAUCAUGGUGCGCCUUGGCCUAUGCUUCUUACUCUUUGGAAGGACGGUCGCACAGAAAGCAAAAGGACGUGCUCCAUUGAAAGGGUCUCGCGAAGCGCCACAUAAAGGUCUUUACCACGGAGAAACUUAUGUGUUUGGCUACAGAACAACAUGGUCUGGAAAAAAGUAAGCUCUAUUACAUAUUAAAUAAAUCAAAACUUAAAUUCAAAGCAUAAUCCUGGCAUGAUUGUGCACCUGUAUGAGAAUGAAUCAAGCAAGGGUUCUAAAAAUAGUAACCUUGACUUAAAGUUGAAUGUUGAACAUAGUUACUAACCUCGUGCUAAAUUGAGUAUAAUAUAGAAUAAAAAUAAUUGAAUAUCGUUGCAGUUGCCUAAAUAGCUAGUGAAGAGGUGACUUGUGAGAACAUUUGUACGAUUUAUAACCUUUUAACUAAAAUAUGUUUUACCUAUUAUCAUUUUACUAAGAACUCCAUGAGUAUGGAAGCCAAAUGUCUUUGAAAAGAAAUUUUACAGUCAAGUGUUGGAACAAGACUUGUCACUGAAGGUCAGUGUGCCUGCCCUGAGAUGUAUUGACAAAGCUGGUGGACUUGACAAUUACAUCAUCAACACACCUGAAAGAACUCUGCAUUCUAAAUUAGCUAUCGAUCUCAAGAAACUUAUGGUGUGGGUUGUCAAAUGUAAAGAAGAAGGUUUGGAAAUGGAGCAGAUCAGGAGUGAGGUUUUUCCUAAACCAAGAAUUAGUUGUCAUGUUCACAUUCCAAAAGAGUUUACCAACAGAUUUUACUUUGAUUGGAAAGGACCUCGCAGACAGAUGGUGUUUUGUUAGGGAAAGUACGUGCACUGACCCUAAAUAUGUAAAAUGUUGGUGGUUGUUUGAACUUGGAGAUGGAUUUAGAGAGUAAAAGACUGAACAUGAACAGGUGCCUCCUUUCAUUCAGUGGUCUAGAAACAGAGUGAAUCAGGUGUUAACCCUUAAGAUUUCAUCAAUAAUUCUCCUUACUGUCUGCCAUACAAUGCAUGUCAUGUUAGUUCAGAGAAUUUGGAAUUGGAUCAACCGAUGAUCCCCUAGUUGAUAUUCUUCUUUAUUCUCAUCACUUGUCGGCUUGUCAUUGUACUGAUAGUGUAAAGAGAAAUUCUCUCCAGGUCACUACUAGGACUUAAAGGGUUAAGUUACUGAACAAGUUGUCAGACUAACCAACAGCACAUUUCAUGUAUUGAUGGCUGAUUACCUCUUGUUAUAGUGUUGGGUGCAUAUUGACACCUUGAAACUCUUAUAAAUGCUCAACUCUCAAAAUUCUUAUGAUUCGGAGGAAAUCACACAGAAAUGUGUGAGGAAAGAAAUCUGAUCAGUGAUUACGGUAAACGUGACUUUCCAACAUUGAAGAAAUCAGGUAUAUGAAGUUUUACACCAGAAUUGGUGAAUAAUUCAGAUGUUGCCAGCAGUUGCAUGACAAUCUUAAAUGUUCAAUUGAUUUUGCCAUUUCCUACUGCUUUUACAUUUCAUUUGGAAUGGGAUUAAUUUUAAUGUUCCUCAGGGAUUUUAGGAGACAAUUUUGGGAAUGUGCACAUUUAUUCUCAUAGAACAAAGAAUGUUUUAAAAGUUAAGUUCCAUUAGCAAUGGAACAAGGAAACUCUGAUUUGCCAUAGAAACAUUGUAAGAAUUGAAUUUUGAAAGCCCCUAGCCAAAAAUUUGUUUUCCUAUUCAUGUUUCCUUGGCAAAUCUAAGGUUCCUAACCCUAACCUCCCUAAGGGAAUACACACACAUGUACAUUCUAAUCCCCCCUUCAAAUACUGUUUAUUCCCAAACCUUUGAAAGAUAUUUGCAUCUUUUUCGCCAUACCAUGUUAAUCCAUGCAUUUAAACAUAUUUGCCUGCGAAAUUGGUUAUUUGGAUAUCCUUGGUUCCUUAAAAUAUUUGCAACCAACUGAAUGAACACCUUCACAAAUUAGUCCUAACGAUGGCCUCUACCCUCUCCACCUGUCUGAUUAUGCAUACAGCACACAAUUAAUGAUAGCUCUCUAAUGAUACAUGGAAAAGGAUGAAUCUUUUCUGGAAACUCCAAAAGUUUGUGUUAGGAUCUUUGAUCAUGAAAAAGCCAAGACAAGAUGAAUGAGUUUACCUUUGAGAUUUCACUUUCCCCUGACUUCUUUAAAAGACAAAUUUUGCAUGCCUCUUAGCAAAAUUGCCUGAAUUUUCCCAAACAUUAAAGACAUUUUUUCCUAGACCUUAUCGUGGCCUUUGGCACUGAGGUCAAACAAGAAAUACUAGCUCUUGCUUGUGAUUAGUGCUAGCAGCAUCAUCUGUUUGCAAC